AACAGGCGGUAUAAAUCUGAGAUAUGGCAGUCGGGCGAAUCAGAGAUCAAUCUGAUAUGUUUACCUUUGUGUUGUUUUACGUUUCAGAUAUAGGGGAUAAUUUGUGCAUUUUCUAAACGUUACAUGCUCGCAUCAUGGACCUGUGCCGGUUACAUUUAAAAAAUAGUAUCAUCAUUUGCAUUGUCUUGUUGCUAAGCGUGUCAACAUAUAUAGUAAACUUUCAGAAAGGAGCAGUGCAAUCUCACAUCAACAUACGUCUAAUUGCCCCUGAAGUAGAAAAAUGGAAUAUGCUGAAGAUUGCCGAGCAACGGAAUUCACAUAUUAAAACGUAUUGCAAUAAACUUGGAUAUGGGUAUUCUGGCAAUAGAACUUUGAAUGCAUCGGCAUGGAUGAAAAAAACACGGAUUAGGCCUAAUUUGUACUUUUCUGAUAAACUAAAGAUGAUAAUAUGUGCAGUUGGUAAAUGCGGAAGCACAGAAUGGAGAAAAACAUUGCUUAUCGUAGAAGGAGAUGUAAAUGUAACUUCCAUGAGUGAAAUUGGACACGAAGAAGCUUUUACUUUGGCUCGGGACAAUCGAUUUCUCUGGACAAAAUUUUCCCCUCAAAACCCGGAAUCUUAUCAUGAGAUGAACAAGCGACUGAAUAAUUAUUAUCGCAUAAUGACAGUAAGAGAACCAUUAGAGCGUGUUGUAUCUGCUUAUAUCGAUAAAAUGUUACCGGGUGGAUCGGGUUUGGGAUUUUAUGAAGAAAUGUCGAAGAAAAUACAUGGGAAAUACGCUCGAAAUAAAAACACAAAAUAUUUUAAACCUGGUAGAGCUAGCUUUGAAGAAUUUGUCGACAGUAUAUUGAGCAAUCCGAAGCAACUUGAUAUCCACUGGAGAUUGUAUAAGGAUAUAUGUGAUCCGUGUCAUAUUCAAUAUGAUUACAUUGCUAAAUUGGAGACAAUUGCACUGGAUUCUGAAUAUCUUAUGAAAAAAUUUAGAAUAAGUGAUAAUCUACUUUUCAAACGAAAAUCGAAUUUAUCGGAGUCAUUGGAACACAAGUGGAAAAAGAAAUACACAACAUAUUUAGAGGACUUCCCAUGGAAAAUUGCCGUGCUUUUGUACAAAUUACACCAGGGAACCAAUAUUAAGUUGUUUAAUUAUUCAACCCCUUCAUUUCGUGGAAGUAUGAUUAAAGGAAAAAGCGUUGAACUGCGCAUUAGGCACGAUUCUGGUAAUUGA